AUGGCUGCUCUUCGAUCUUUCCUUGUGAUCAUCUGUUUUGUAGUGGUAGCUGCCACUAGUAUGAUGCCAACAUCUGCAAAACUAAGUUCUGGUUUCUACAACAAAGUGUGCCCUCAGGCACUGCCAGCUAUCAGAAAAGUCGUCAAACGGGCCAUCAGCCAGGAGCCACGCAUCGGAGCCUCUCUACUUCGCCUUCAUUUCCAUGACUGCUUUGUUAAUGGUUGUGAUGGAUCAGUUCUGCUUGAUGAUACUGCCAACUUCAUCGGUGAGAAGACCGCCUUCCCAAAUCUGAAUUCGAUCCGGGGAUUCAACGUGAUCGAUGAUAUCAAAAAAGCUGUCGACAAAGCUUGCUACAAGAGUGUGGUCUCAUGUGCAGAUAUAUUAGCUGUUGCAGCUCGUGAUUCUGUAUCCAUUUUGGGAGGACCUGAUUACAAAGUACAAUUAGGAAGAAGGGAUGCAAGAAAUGCAAGCGUGAACGAUGCAAACAGAAAUCUUCCACCCCCAUUAUUCAGCUUCUCACAGCUUCUCUCCAACUUCCAAGCUCAUGGACUUAACCUGAAAGACUUGGUUGUGCUCUCAGCUGGCCACACCAUUGGACUUGCUCGGUGCACCACCUUCCGUGCCAGGAUUUACAAUGAUACCAACAUAGACCCCAAGUUCGCAGCCUCUGCAAAAUACAAUUGUCCAACAACUGGAGGAGAUAACAACACAAGGCCACUAGAUUCAACUACAAGGCGAUUCGAUAACAUCUACUUUAAGGCUUUGUUACAACAAAAGGGUCUCCUCCAUUCUGAUCAAGAGCUCUAUAAAAAUAAUGGUACAGAUAGUGAUAAGCUGGUGCUGAAGUACAGCAGGAACUCGGAAUCUUUUGCAAAAGACUUUGCAAAUUCUAUGAUCAACAUGGGCAACAUCAAGCCUCUCACUGGGAAUAAUGGAGAAGUAAGACUCAACUGCCGGAAAAUCAAUUAG